AUGCCGAGCCACGAGGAAAAUGAGAUGUACAUGGUCAAGGAGGCGCAAAGACUGCGAAAAAGCGAUCCUUGCGCGGCCAUGGCCUGGAUUAUCACUGCUAAAACUCUAUAUCCCAAUGCAUUCAAUCUGCAAUACGAGGCUUACCUUCUGGAACGCGAUGGUCAGAAUUAUGAGGAGGCAGCAAAGUGUUUCAGCGCUAUAGCCACCAAUUUCCAGAAUCAACAUACGGAGCUGUGGCAGGAGAUCAACUCCCUGACAAAUGCCCUCAGAAACGAGAAUGAAACUACGCCGGAACACGAGUUCUAUGUGAAAAUGUACAAGCACCUAACUCCGGAGGUUCAGCACAACAUAUUCAUGCACACCAUCAACCACAGUGCCGAUAAUCUGGAGCGCAUCUAUAUCUACAUACUGAUGUUCAACAAGUUUCCCAAAUCGGCCAUAACUCAGGCGCCCAGACUACUGGAAAUGCUGGCGGAGGGCAUGAAAACCGAACCGGAUCUCUAUCAGCGGAUUCUGGUGGAGGAGGUAUUGCCCAUGAUCCAGAAUAAACCCCCGGAACUUUCGCCAAAUCUGGCCUGCAGACUAUACACCAGUUCCUUGGAGUUUUAUCUGCGGCAAAUCAUGGAUGAAUCGGAUACAGCGGAUGCCUGGAAGAAUAUCUUUAAAGUACUGAUGAUCUGCGGUCAGAUGAUGGGCUGGGAGCCCUUCCUGCCCUUUAGCAAGCAUGUCAACCAGAACGUCUACUGGGAAAAACUGGUGGACAUACUUUCCGGCAGUCCGGCGGGCAGCUCCCAGGUUUUGUUCUACGCCACCACCUUGUUCAUUUACUCCCUGCAUGGUUAUAUACGAAAUUGUAAGCUGAAGAUCGAGGAUGCCGAUGUAGCUCAUGUUUUAGUAGAGGGAUUCAUGGAAUGGUCGCCGGAAGGUGACGGCUCCGACGUGCCCAGCAUGGAGCCACCGAAAUUCUCCCUGACCACGGCCAUAAGUCCGGAGUUAUCCAAGGCCUUCCUGCACGCCGCACAGUGCUGGCAGCUGCUCAAUACGGAUCAGUUCCAAAGGGAUUUCAGUCAACUUAUGCUGGCUCUUCCCUUGGCGCCUUGGAUCUCCAGGUUCCUCUUCGACUUGGCCAUAUAUUUCGGACACCGGGAUGAGGCCAACAAGCUUAUGGCGGAAAUGACCACCCAGAGCAGCCUUGUGCAGAGCCUACAGAUCUUGAGCCUUAAUCUAAUGCAGGGCAGCAUGACGCUCCAGGGCUUCCAGUGCAUUUUGAAGAUCCUGUCAGAACUCCCAACCACCCAGGGUCAACUUUUGGAAAAUAUGUCGCUGAAGGGCCACAGGCACAUGGUUUUUCUGCCCCUCACUCGAUCAGCGUUGGUUCAGUACUGCGUGGGAGCCAUCAUCAGCAGACUGAGCCGCAAGGUCUUCGAACCGAACUGCCCAGAUCGAUUGCUGGGGGAUAUCCUAGUGCUGCAGCAACUUAAUCUGCUCAACGAUGUUCUGCUCACUCAACAGAUAUUUAGCCUGAUCAAGCAACGCAAAUCGUUCAAUCUGCGCACCCUAUCCACCUACAUUAUUAAUAUCGAUUUGCUCGAGGAACUCUCGCACAUUUGGAACUCCCAGCAGGAGGAUAACUUUGAGUUGACCAGCUCGCCAAUUUCCAGUGGCACACCCACUGCGACCACUGUAGCUGGUGGUUCCCAAAGCCGAAGAAUUGGAACCCGUGGAGCGGACAAAGGAGCCCGGGAUGAAUUCAGGGCGAUAACACGCCAGCAGAUUGCCCGCUGCAAUGAGAAUGUGAUCACUUUGCUCGCGAAUUUCAUUAACCAAGAACACUUGAUGCUGGCGCAGCACAUCUUUGGAAUCAGCCAACCCGUGGAGACGAUUGUGAUUAAGUGAAAUAACUAGGAGGUAACAUUUAUACAAUAUCUAUAUUACAGCAGCAUGAAAUCAAUACAAUUUUCCAGCUAUCUUGCACAUUGUGUGUUUGAUGGUUUCACUUGUUAAUAGAUACGACUAUUAUAUUUAAGUUCACCAGUCUAGACUGGUGUGUAUUUCGCUUAUCGAAUAAACAAAUAUUUAUUUAAUCGGCUGAUAACAUAGUUAGAGGUUGCAUUUGAUAUGUUUCGAUUUAGUCAUACGCAUAAUUUAAAACUUUAAAUAUAAUUGAU